AGAUCUCUUAACAAGGGCAAAGGACUGAGUGACACCACCUGUACUUAAGUUGAUCAAAAACAGUUUAAAAUCUAUUUAAACAAUUACCUUGUGUAUGGAAAACGUAUUUCUUACUGGAGUGAAUAUUUGAAGACUGUGUAAAGUAGUAGCAAUGUGAGCAUUCUUGGAAUAAAAGAUUCUGGAACAUCCGGUGGAUUACAGAUCUCUUUCUGUUUAAUAAGAGGACCCAGUAUGGUGUGACAGAGCAAAGAGAAGCAUCAACUUGACAGGACGUCAGGCAGUAGGAGCAGUGUGCAGCAGAGUGGAGCAGUGAAAAUGGAUGAUGCUCAUAAUGCAAAUCAGCAUUCUGAUCCCAAUCAGUGCGACACCAAUGAUUCAGAGCAGGAAGGAAAUCAGCAGAUUCCGAUACGAAGGAACUCUUUCUUCUACCGUUCGAUGAGGAGAAAGCGACUGAGGCAGGGUCAGUCUGAAUCAGCACCAAGAAAGACAGGCAUUAGCAACAGCAUCAUAAGAAAUGAUGGGACACGAGAAAGAGCAAUAGAUGUGGAUUUUGAUACUAAAACAUCAGGGCCCUGCUGGAAAGUCCCCCAUGAAUCUCGACUGCUCCAUCAGAGAUCUUCAUUACCCAACAAGAAUGUAUGGGACAGAUCAGCGAUGGCACAGAACACAGGACUUGAGCACUGGAGCAGCGGAGUCAGUGUUAGACAGGCCAGUCAGCAAGGCUCCGUACAAGUUUCAGGACAGAGGGUGGUGCAAAAGGAGAAUCACUCACAAAGGCAAUAUGGUGGUCAGCCGGCAAAUAAUUCAGCAUAUGUUCUGAAAAAAGCAACCAGUUCCCUUCUAUCUCCAAGCCAUGUUGCUGAUGCGGGAUCUCUGGCUAGUGAUCUUGGAUCCUGUUCUCUCAAAGAGGAAACUCGCUGUAAGAAUCCGGAUGCUAGUAUUGUCAAUUUUGAGAGAAACUCCAGAUUGUAUGUUCAAGACAAGGACAGCUCAGACGGAUUUUCUCCAACAAGAUCAAAACAGAAUGGAGAUUCUUCAUCAAUUAUUUCCCGAUUUGAAUUAAUGAAUAGGAAGAGUACAAUCCAACACAUAGAACUGCUGUACCAGGAAUAUUGCGAAAAAAGUACGUUUCAGGAAAUUCAGACGAGACGAAUGCAGGACACAGGAGAGUUUACAAAUGAAGAUAAGCCUCCGAAAGUUGACACUGGCACCAUCACUGCAGCAGCAAAGCAGCCAGACAACCUCAACCAGAGAACUAAUGGCCAGGGUAUGAACUUAUGGCAGUAUACAGAAAAAGUAAGGAACAGCAAGAUAUUGAGCAGCCUCAGUCCGAAUGAAAUUAAACUCCAGGAGUUAAUGUUUGAACUCUGCACCUCUGAGGCAUCUUACUACAAGAGUCUGGGGAUCCUGAUAUCUCACUUCAUGGAAUCACAGAAGUUGAAUAGCAUGCUCAGCGGCACUGACAAACAUCAUAUUUUCUCCAACAUCCUUGAAAUCAAGGCAGCUAGUGAAAGAUUCCUUCAGUCCCUGGAGCAGCGUUUCGAAGAGAACAUUGUCAUCAACGAUGUCUGUGAUAUUGUAUAUGAGCAUACCAACAAUUACUUCCAUGUGUAUAUUUCAUAUGUCACAAAUCAGAGCUAUCAGGAGACCGCUUACAGACGAGCCAUUGAGAACAAUCCUGCGUUAAGUACAGUGAUGGCUGAGUUGGAGCAAGACCCCAAGUGUAAAGGAUUAUUAUUCCCUUCCUUUAUUAUUCUGCCGUUUCAAAGAAUAACACGCUUGAAGCUGCUGGUACAGAAUAUCUUGAAAAAAGCCAAGGAAGGAUCAGUGAUGGAAUUGACAUCCAUUAAAGCACACAGAGAACUUGAAAAGAUUAUCAAAGAGUGUAACGAACGUGUGAAAAAAAUGAGAAGAACUGAGGAUCUGAUCAGCUUUGAGAAGACAGUAACGUUUAAAGUCGAGGCUGUGCCAAUCAUCACCCGAUGCCGGUGGCUACUGAAAGAAGGUGAAGUGGAGCACAUGUCAGGAAGAAGGAAAACACGAACGUUUCGGACCAAGAAGCUGUUCACACCAGUCUACCUGUUUCUGUUCAAUGAUCUUUUUCUAAUAACCAAGAAGAUAUCUGAUAAAUACCAAGUCUUUGACCAUGCUCGUCGAGGACUCCUCCGCACCCAAGAUCUGGAGGACCAGGGUCAGACACUUGCUAAUAUGUUCACACUGCGGAUCUUAGAAAACUACCGUGAGAAAGAGAUCCAGUAUAUGUUGAGAGCAAAAUCAGUGACGGAGAAGAAACGUUGGAUCAAGGUGCUUGAACCAAAUCCGAGGAUGAAGUAUUUAUCUCCCAGUUCCCUGCAUGAAGAUUGUGCCCAGGUACAGUGCAUCCAGCGAUACGCAGCACGGCAGCCUGAUGAGCUCACGUUAGAACCCGCAGAUAUCCUCAGUGUUGUAGAUUCAACACCAGAUGGCUGGAUAUUUGGAGAACGUUUACACGAUAGAGAGAGAGGCUGGUUUCCAAAUAGCAUGACCGAGGACAUCAAAAAUCCCGAACUCCGAGCUCAAAACAGAAUGGAAUGUUACAGAGUUUAUAAAGCCGAGGAAUGUCACGGGAGUAAAUACAAGGACUGGAAGAAAUCAGCCAACCGGAUCAUCCAUUAGCGC